CCGCACAUAAUCCGCGUUCCGCCGCGAAAACGGGGAUAAUUGUUGGUGGUUGUCGGCACUGAGCUGUGGAAGGUGAAGAGUUUGGUGAACAGCUGGAGAAGGAACGAGAGGAACAACAAAAGAAGUAGCACGAUGAACAACAGAAUGAACAGCUGCAAUGUCUUCGUGGUGCUCGACCUCCCACGACUCAAUGCCUGGAACAGCCUCAGUGCUCUCCCACAACUCGCAGAGAAUUCAACCGUAUGAUUUGCACGCCUCGCGCUCCACCAAUUCUUUCUCCAACUCCUCGUUCUCAGUCCUUUUUAACUUCUUUCAAAUUCUCUUUAAACUCUUUUCAACUCUUUCCAACUCUUUCUUAAGUCCUUCGAUAUAUCCAUUGGCAUCACUCUUCUCUGUUAAUUGCUGCUUCCAGUGCUCUUUGUUUCCUCUGCCUGAACAAUGGAAAACGACGAAAUUAGAGUUGCCAAAAUUGCAGAUGUUUUGCUAUCCAAAAUUCGAGGCAGCAUUGACAAGCUCAUUCAACUCGAUAACUUCACCAUAAAUAACAUUGACAAUUCCACUCUGAACAGUGCUGUGGAAACCAACGAGGAAAUCAAGUUGAAGACCUUAUCCAGUUUAAUCAAAGACAUUCAUCAGUUCCAGCCUUGUCCUCAGCUAUUAGACAAGCCUUUGCCGGUUUUUAUAUCAAAGCUAUCAAACCACUAUCUAUUCAUAAUCAAAAACGAUGCUAUCACCAACUUGAGCAAAACAACCAAAAGUAAUAAAAACAACCCUCAAUUCAAUUACGACUGGAUAUCGGAAAUCAUCUACAACUUUACCAAAAUUAGAGGCAUAAAAUCAAUCUCCAUCUCCUUCUCCUCAGAUAUCUACAUCAUAGAUCUUCUAUUAAACAAAAUUGAAUUCUUAUCCUUUUCUUCUCCCUCAUCGUCCAACAGCAAUUGGCAUGAGUUGUCCUUUCUCUUGCUCUGGUUAUCCGUCCUAAUCCUAGCUCCAUUCCCUCUAUCCUCAAUCAACCCUCAAAUCCCUAAAAGAAUCUUCAAAAUAUCCAACUACUACCUAACUGAAAAGUCAAUUGGCAAAGAAAAUGAAGUCUCCAUCUUACUAUUUUCAAAGUUUUUAUCACGAAACGAUGUCUCUUCUUUCAAUUACCUCACCUCCUAUUACUUGAACUAUUUAUUCAAAUUUGAUCCACUUAAAAACUCAUUUACAAACCGUUUCCUCAACAUGAACGAUAAUGAAAAACUAUCAAAUCUAAAAUUGCUAUCAAAUCUACUAAAAUUCAUCAAAAAGGAUACAAUAUCCCCCUUUUUACCUCUCCAUUAUUCUCUAAUUAAUAACCACUUUAUUACUCAAUUCAGUGCCCAAUCAUCUCUAUCCGAAAAUUCAAUCAUAUCAAAAUUCAUCAUCAAAAAUUUAGGUAAACUAGGCACAUCUCUACUCUCAAUUGAUCCAGAUCAACUACAACCCCCAACCGCCUCAAUCGAUUCCAACAAUCAGCCAUCUUUUAACCACUUGAUUCAUUUAUUCAAAAAUUUCGAUCCUUUCGAGAAAAUCGAACAAAUAAUAUCAAACCUACUAAUGCAAAUCGGCCAUAAAGACACAAUCAUCCGUUACUGUGUAUCAAGACAAAUCUCAAAGAUAGCCAAUCUUUUGCCAACUGACUUUCAACUAGACAUUAUCAACAACUUAAUCUCAGAAUUAGAUAUUCAAAGUUUCAACUUUAAUCCAAAUCUCUAUUCUCCCUCAUCUCCUUCAUCUUCUUCACCCCCACCCUCUUUAAAUUUAAUACACUUUAAUUCAGACCAAAUCAAUUUCGACCUCAUCUCUUCAGAUCGUUACCAUGGUAUUCUCCUAACCCUCUCAGAACUAACAAACAAAAGACUAAUCCCCAUCAACUACUUCUACUUACUAACCUCAAUCCUACAUAAAUCUCUUUUCUUCAAACAACAACACAUAACUUUCAUCUCAGGCUCAAAUGUUCGUGACUCCUCUCUUUACCUAGCUUGGUCCUUUAUUCGAAGCUACACCUCUUUAAGAGACAAAAUUCCUGUACAAAUCUUACUACAAUUAUUCAAUGACUUGAUCAUAACCGUAUCCUUCGAUAAGGAUAUCAUGAUAAGAAGAGCUUCAAGUGCUGUCAUUCAAGAACUACUAGGAAGAUAUGGUAAAAUCCUUUGGAACGUCAUUGUCAAAAAUUCAGAUUACUACGAUGACUUCCAAAAUUACAGCCCCAAAAAUUUAUCAGAACUAAGUUUAAAACUAAUAGAAAUACUAGAUUACACUAAAUUAGGUAAUUUAAAACUAUCUUAUCUAGAAAUCUCCUUUGAUAUCUUUACAAAACUAAAUCUUUUUCAAAAAAGUUUUUUAAGUUACCUAAUCAACUACAAUUUAAAUACCAGUAAUACCUCGGAAAUCAUUCAAAACUAUCAAAGCAAUGAAGGAAUAAACUCCUAUGAUCCUGAAGUUAGAAAGUUAAGUGCAAUUAUAUUGAAAAAAUUGUUACAAUACAAACAAAAUCAAUAUAAAUCAAUUAAAAAUAAAUCAAUAAAUCUACUUUACAAUUUCCAAAUUCCUCAAAAAGAUGGUAUUGAUAAUGACAUCCAGAUGCAAGAAUCUAAUGAAAUUCAAUCAAAUAAUAAUGACUCAAUUAAUAAAGAAUUAAUUAAUAAAGAAUCAAAUACCAUUGAAUCAAGCAAUGACAAAACUUCCGAAACGGAACAAACUGAAGAAAAAAAAGAAAGUGAAGAAACUAAACAAACUAACGAAACUAAUGAAACUAAAGAUAAAUCUAAUGUUGAGUUAACUGAAAAUGAUAAAACCGCUGAAUCCCAAAAGAUUGAUAAAAUCCUAAAUAAUGCUGAAAUCAAAUCUGAAGUUGGAAUUAAUGAUCACUCAAUCAAUGAUAAGAAAAGUUCUGAAACUGAAAAAGAUGAACUCCAAAAAGGUGCGGUUCAAAUUAUUUCAGAAGAUAAAUCAAAUGAAAUUUUAAGUGAAAAUUUAAAUGAAAAUUUAAUAACGGAAACCCCUCUUGAAAAUGACAUCGAAGACUUCAAUUCAGUAGUUCUUAUCUUAAUCGGUGUGUUGAUAAGAAGAUGCAAAUUAAAAAAUAUCGAAGGUAAUUUUUAUGCACUUGCAGAGAUUUUGCCAUUAGUUUUUCCAGAAAUUCCGUAUAAUCUUGAUGAAUUUUAUCUUAAUAACACUUUAAAAGAUUUAUUGCAUAAAACGAAUAUUCUUCAAAGUGAUAUUGUGACAUUAUUGAACUCAAUAGUGGAAAUAUUACAUGAACAAAAAUUUGAUUACCAUAAAGAUCCUCCUCACAAAGGCGAGGAAUUUAUUUAUUUAUUGGGCACAAUUCUUCCUUAUGUAAAUUAUCUAUUCAUUUAUAAUAACCCCAGGCAGUUUGACGGUUCAACAAAAUUGAAAAAUAAUGAUCCAUUAGGUUUAGAUUUUUACAACUCGGUCUUUAAUAUCAUUAGGCAAACAUCUAAUGAUAUUUCAGAAAAAUUCAAAUUUUUUAUUGAAAAGCUCUCUUUAAUUAACUUGAAAUCAAAGACAUUUACCGAUUCAAUUUUCAUCAAAAAAUGGUUAUAUUAUAUCAAGAAUGGAAAUCUAAUUAGCUCUGAAAAUUUUGGAUAUCUUAAUUUAGAUUUUAUUUUCCCUUACUUAGAAAGUAAAAUACUUCCAAUUUUAACUGAUAAAAGGGUUGAUUAUCAAAUAAGAAAAAACAUAAUGACAUCUAUUUCAAUUAUUUUGAGUAGACCUGUUGAACCAAAGAAUGAGCGUUUCAAAUUAUCUGGGGAUUUUAUGAUUGAAUUAAUCAAUCAGCUUGAUGAUUAUACAUUAACCAAUCAAGGAGACGUUGGAAAUAAAGUCAGAUUUGAAGUGACUCAAUUAAUUUUUAAUAAUAGAAAAUCGUUUUUGGAAAGUGUGAAAUACAUCCAAUUGAUUGAAAAGAAAUUGAUAAGAAUUUCAGGUGAAGUCAUUGAUAGAUUAAAAUUUAAAGCUUUUGAAUUGCUACUAAUAAUUAAAAAUGAAACGAAAGAUUUGAAGAAAUUUUCAUCAGAUUAUAAUUAUAUUGAAUAUUCAGAUGAAAAAUAUAAACAAAAACAUGGAAAAUCAUAUUUAGAUUUAGUUCCGGAAAAUUGGAGUUUUGAUACAAUGUUUGAUUAUUAUAAGUUUUUAUUAAAUUUCUAUUAUGAUAACUAUUUGAUAGACAUGUGGGAAUUUAUUUUAAAGAAAAAUCGAAGUAAAGAAGAAAAUGAGAAAUUGAGUUUCUUAAAGGAUGUUUCAAAAGAAUUCUGGAAAGGAUUUGUGUUUUCAGCAGGAGCAAUUCAGGCAUCAGAUACUACUAUUAUUCAUUCAUUAAAUUCAUUAAUUUGGUUUUUAAAUAAAAAGUUAUCGAGCGAUAAAUUUAUAAUUAUUGAGCUAAUGAAACACUAUAAUUAUCAUUAUGAAGUCGAGAAUGAAUCUAUCAAUAAAAUUAUUUUAAAAAAUGAGGAGUUGAAAACUCUUGUUUUUACAGAUAUUUUAACAAUUUUGAAGAAUGAUCCAAUGGUUUCAAAGAAUGCAUCAACGUUUAAUUCAAGAAUUCGAGUUUCUAGGGGAGGAAGAGACGUUUCGAAUAGAAACAUGGUAAAUAAGUCAUUAGUUAACAAUCGAGUAGUGAAAAAUCAAUUAUGUUGCUUGAAUUUAUUCUCUAAACUAUUUGAUGCUAAUAUCAAAUUGCCAAAUGCAGACCAAUCCAUUGAAUCGAAAGAAAUCAAGAGCGUUGAUGCUGAGUUGGUUAAACCAGUUAUGAAAACCCCAACACUUAAGAGAAAGGUUUCGGCUAAUUUUAUGCCACCAAUAAAGAAUACUAUCAGUCCAUUGGAUAUUAAAAAAAGAAAUAGUCCAUCACCACCUUCAUCUCAAAUAUCAAGAUCGCCAUCAUCAUUGAAAAAACCUGUUCCUAAAACAACUAACGAGUCAUCAGUUACUAUACAAUCGCAUAGCAAUUUGGUCAAGGCAUUGUAUAUUAGAACAUAUAAUUUGCAUUUGAACACAGCAAAUUUUGUAAAGAUAUCUCUAUGUCUUAAAAUUUUCCAAUAUUUAAUUUUAGUUGAGGACUUCAAAGAAAGUUUAAAGAGAUUGUGCUGGUUGUGUUGUAAUCAUCAAUUGAAGAAAAUAAAAUUACUAAGUUGUGAAUAUUUGUAUCAGAUUUAUUUUGAUAAAUUGAGCAAGCUAGUUGACGAUAGUGAUAAUAAUAUUGAUGAGGAUGGAAUUGAAAUGGACGAUGAUGAUAUGGAAAAGGGCAAUGAAGAAGUAAUUCAAAAUCUGAAAAUAUCGACUAAUGAAAAAAAUGGAAAUAGUAUAGUUGAAGAGAAGGAUGAUAAGUUGAUGAUUCAACGGAUUAUUAAUAGCAAAGACAAUUUUGAAAUAAAUGAGAAAGUUGAAAGAUCAAUCGAUGGCCAAGUGAAGAAAAAUAGUAGUGAUGAUAAAGUUAAGAGCAAAAACGAUAAUAAAGAUUCUGUUAAAAGUAAUUUAGAAAAGGCGUUGAAAAUCUUAUCAGAUAUCGAUUGGAAUGGUGAAGACGAUGAUAGGCUCAAGGCAUAUUCCAAUAGUUUAUAUGUUGAAUGGUAAAUAGAAGAUUUUUAUGUUUUUAAAUAAAAGGUUAGAACCUGUAUUAUCGAAUAUAUGUGCGAUAUCUACAGAUAAACACAUGCAAUAAAUGUAAAAAAAAUAUAUCAUAGUUUAGCUACAGAAUAUAAUUGUUCAAAUCAAAUCAAUUAAAUUAAUG